UUGUGGGCGAAGUGGGCGGGUCCCGGAGGAGCCUGAGGAAGAAGGCGGCGGCGGCGGCGGCGGCUGUGGUGAUCGAGCGGAGCCUGGUGACAGGAUGUUGGUGUUGGUACUAGGAGAUCUGCACAUCCCACACCGGUGCAACAGUUUGCCAGCUAAAUUCAAAAAACUCCUGGUGCCAGGAAAGAUUCAACAUAUUCUCUGCACUGGAAACCUUUGCACCAAAGAAAGUUAUGAUUACCUCAAGACCCUGGCUGGCGACGUCCACAUCGUGAGAGGGGACUUCGACGAGAAUCUGAAUUAUCCAGAACAGAAAGUUGUGACUGUUGGACAGUUCAAAAUUGGUUUGAUCCAUGGACAUCAGGUUAUUCCGUGGGGAGACAUGGCCAGCUUAGCUCUGUUGCAGCGGCAGUUUGAUGUGGACAUUCUUAUCUCAGGACACACACACAAAUUUGAAGCAUUUGAGCAUGAAAAUAAAUUCUAUAUUAACCCAGGUUCUGCCACUGGGGCAUAUAAUGCCUUGGAAACAAACAUUAUUCCUUCAUUUGUAUUGAUGGAUAUCCAGGCUUCUACAGUGGUCACUUAUGUGUAUCAACUAAUUGGAGAUGACGUGAAAGUAGAACGAAUUGAAUACAAAAAAUCCUAAAGUCAGGCCUGUUCUGAUGAUUUUUCUUUUUUCUUUCAUUGCCUUGUUUAAAUCAAGUAAUUAAACACUUAAAAGCCACACAAUUGUAUGACUUUUAUAAUAUUUUGCAGUGAAAUAUAACAAUUGUCUUCUCUGUUAAUAUGUAAUUGCUCUAUGUUUCUUGUAAACUAUAAGAAUAUAUUUAGUUUACAAUAUAUGAUUUCUAUGAUAACAAUGUCCACCACACAGUAAAUGGUCCUAUGUAAAGAAAAAUUACCCUUGUAAAAUCUUAAAAGUUGAUACUUGGAAACUUAUUACAAAAGUAGUGCAUGAAAAGAAAAAACGUAGACUUUCCUGUAUACAUUUUUCUCUUCCUUGGUAAUAAAUGUUUACCUUUCA